AUGCACUUUCUGUCGUGUUUUGUAGCUGUCGUCGCAAUCUGGGUGUGGCUCCCAUCGGAAGGAGACUCCGCACGAGAAUCUGCAAGCAUCGCGUUGAAAGUCAAAUCUGUUCAACCUCUCACAACCAGCGAAAUGGGAAAAGUAGAGAAAACGGGCUUCAUUCUCAUUGACUACCGCGAUGAUUUGAGACUCUUCAACGUGGGAUUUUUGGUGAUAGCUGCAUCAACUCUUAUUCUCUUACUUGUUGCUCUUUUGAAUAUUGAAUAUAUUGGCGGGGAACUCGAGCAACCAUUAUUGGCCCUAAUGAAAGUUUCAUUCUUCACCAUCGCUCUUUUCCUUUUUUCCUCAACAGUCGAGGCCAGACCUGUCGUGGUCGCCAAUCUCUACGGAAAUACAGAUGCCGGCAUGAUUCAUGUUCCUCAAAAACGUGCCAAUCGCCUUGUACUUGAUGUGACAUUAGCUCUUCUGCUCAGUUAUUUUGGGCUCACUGUCGGUGGAAUCAUUUUCUGUUGUUGUUGGAGAAAAGAAGUUGUUGACACAUACAAGUCCCUAGAUGACGGAACUUCCACAACCGAUCCAGAAACUCCAAUCGGCUCUUUUUUAAAUUCAACACAAGUUGUCACCACUAGUCGUUUCUAUUAUUGA